CCAACUAGAGCACUUCAACAGCUCCAGUUGAAUCAAAGUUUAAACCACUCAGGUCCGAAAAACGCCUCAGACCGCUUGAAGAAACACUUGAACGAUGCAAAUAUUGAAAAAGAAUAAGAAAUCCGCCAAGCGUGGAGCACUUAUCCUACACCAAUUUGCUCCGACAGAGUUAUCAGUUAGUGGUUCACCGCCUUGUCUGAAGUUGGAAACUUUCCUUCGUAUGACAAAGAUCUCGUACCAGAAUGACUAUCGCUUGAAGUUUUCCAAGAAGGGAAAAAUGCCGUGGAUUGAGUUUAAUGGGCAAGAAAUCGCUGAUUCCAAUUUUUGUAUCCAGUUCCUGAAAAGGGAAUUUAAAGUGGACAUUGAUUCUCAUUUGAACAGCACGGAAAAAGCCAUCUCUCAUAGUGUUCGGACCAUGCUAGAGGAAAACACUUAUUGGGCUCUUGUUUACUGCCGUUGGCUGUCUGCAUUUGGAGCAGAAUAUCGAAGGAGGGUGUUCACGAAAACGUUUGGCCAUCUCGUCUUCCCCCUUAAACAUCUGAUAGCUCGCCAUAUAACGAAGAGAAUCAAACGGGAUCUAUGGGGACAUGGCAUGGGUCGACACUCGGAACAAGAACUGUAUGGAAUCGCGCAGAGAGAUUUACAGGCAGUCUCGGAAAUUUUAGGCCAGAAGAAAUUUCUCUUUGGAGACAAACCUUGCCUUGCAGAUGUAGCACUGUUUGCCUUCGUUGCUGCAUCCACCUGGGACCUUCCAGAAAGUCCGUUUGACGAACUUAUCAAGACAAAAGCACAGAACCUUCAUACGCAUGCUCAGAGGAUGAAAGAGCUCUAUUACCCAGACUGGGAUGAAAUCACCUCGAGAAAUGCGACAUCUAGCUAAGAGCUCUGUCAGACUAAAUGUCA